UCCCCAAGUGGGACUGGAUAGGUGGGGCUGCCUUUGUGCUGGAAACUUCACAUCUGGCUGAUGACUCUCGAGGGAGAUGCUUGGUUGCAGCAGGUUGGAGGACUCCUAAUCUGGAGGAGAUUAUGGUUAGGAGCUAAGUGCGGCAGAAGCGCUGUGGCAGGAAGUGUGGUCAGGGGCCCCCAGAUUGCAGGCUCCUCCCGGAUGGGGCCCCUACGCCUCCUCCCGACUGCUGUGCUGCUCCUGGCCCAGGCGGCGCCUUGGGAGGCCUCUCAGCAUUGCGGCCGCCUCGAGUACUGGAACCCUGACAACCGGUGCUGCGGUAGCUGCCUGCAGCGCUUCGGGCCGCCCCCUUGCUCGGACCUAGAGUUUUCGGAAAACUGCGGGCUGGAUGAUGCUGGCAAUCACGUAAUGCACCCCUUCCAAGAGUGUCCUCCUGGACAGUGCAAUCGCAACAGCGCGGAGCUGUGUAGCCUUUGUGGCGGCGGAGCAACGGCACCCAUUCCCUCGGGGAGCCGCGGCGGAACUGGGCGGCCCUGCCGAGAGAAGCCUGUCCCUAACAAAGAGCCCUGCCCACUGACACCUGGAAAAUCGAGCAUCCUUAGCUCCCAGGAGCCCAGCUCACCAGCGAUUCCCAGUGUUUCGUGGACUUCUGAGCACAAAGCCCCUCAGCAAGCCUGGCCGAGUUUGAGUUUUGCCCUGUUCCUAGUGCUGGUCCUGCUCGUGACCUCAGCCAUAAUCCUGCUUGCCCUGCAAAGGCACCACCGUCGCCUCGACCAAGGGAAAGCAGUCCAACACCCGUAUCCUAGCUUGGUUUGCAGCGACCUUGACACCCACACCCGCUUCUUGCACUUGUCCUCUCCAGCCUCCCUGGAGACUUCAGAGGCAAGGGACUCAUGGAAGGAGGUCUCUCUGUCUCCAGUCCUAGGCAGGGAGAUGCCAAGCCUGGAGUCACAGCCCCUGUCUCGCCUCCUGGAUGAGCUGGAGGUACUGGAGGAGCUGAUCCUGUUGCUGGACCCUGAGCCUGGGCCAGGUGGGAGGAUGGCCUGUGGCACCACUCGACACCUGGCUGCAAGAUACGGACUGCCUGCUGCCUGGUCCACUUUCGCCUACUCACUGCGGCCCAAUCGCUCACCUCUGAGGGCUCUGAUUGAGAUGGUGGUGGCGCGGGAGCCCUCUGCCUCUCUGGGCCAGCUUGGCACACACCUGGCCCAGAUAGGGAGGGCAGAUGCACUGCAGGUGCUGUCCAAACUUGGCUCAUCAGGGGCUUGCCUGGCCUAGUAUUCAAUAAAGUUUCUAUUGAAGUAA